CUUGGAAAACUGGGCCACCUUCCUCGCAGACUAUGGUGACAGACAUGUGAACUCUUUCCUCCGUCAUUAGUAACUACCUCCCGCAACGUCCUCAAGUCCCUUGGCCACCAAUACCAUGUACCCGUGUGGAUCUGAAAACUCUCGGGGAACCCCCCGGCCCUCCGGCUGCCUUGGCCGCCUGGCCGCCUGGCUGCUCUCCCGGACCCAGGCAAAGACGGUCCGCUUCAUUAUUGAGUUCUCUCGGUGCGUUCCCUCGUUGAAGUUUCCCACAUCGCUCCUGCCCCCCCCGUCCUCCCCCCUCCCUUUCACUAGCAUUGUGGCCAUCGUAGGUCUCCAGGACAGAGAAGAAGACGACCGGUUCGUAGGACGGGUGGAUGGAACGAUUGAGAUUCCUGUUUCUCCCCCCUCACCUCACCCCAUGUAUUGUGUUAUGUCGUGCUUCUUGUCCCCUGUUCGGCGGACGGGCGUGCACAGCCUGCCGCCGUCUCCUCUUCUGUCCUGCAAGUAUUCGCUCCCGUCCCUUGCAUGCAUGCAUACGGCAGAGCAGGCCCCAACUGUAGCUCACGCUCAUGGCGAUUGCGUUGCGGCGAAUCACCGUGGACAUUCCAGAUGGGUGCGAGGUGGUGGUGGUGGUAGCACACACCAUAGCAGAAAAGCAAGGUUUCUCAUGUCUUCCCAUCUCUCUCGCCUGCAUUGAGACUCUUCAAGGGGGAAAAAAGGGGUCCGGCGCAGGAGGUUUCUCCCCAAACGCCCCGGCGGCCGGUUGGCCCUCUAAUUUUCCCGACUCCAUGUUCCCUCCCAAAGGGACAUAAUGGCACACACACACACAUAAACCACCGCCCC